AUGUGUGGUAUUCUGGCGUGCAUUCACCACCCCAAUGCGCAGGCGUACAGGCCAAAGAUGCUGAACCUUUCGCGCACCAUCCGCCACCGCGGUCCCGACUGGUCGGGCUGUGUGGUGGUGGAUGAGCCGGACAAGCAGGAGCCGGAGCGUGGCAGCAUUCUGUGCCACGAGCGUCUUGCGAUUGUCGGUGUGGACUCGGGCGCGCAGCCGCUCGUGAGCGACGACGGCAAGAUCUUUCUGUGUGUGAACGGUGAGAUUUACAACCACCGCCAGCUGCGCAAGUCGCUCAAGGACCAGUCGGUGGAGUUCAAGACGCAGUCCGACUGCGAGGUGAUCAUGUACCUCUACCGCGAGCACGGCACGGACUUUGUCAACAUGCUUGACGGCAUGUUCUCGUUCGUGCUCCUGGAUACCUCGGUCACGCCCCACCGCGUCGUCACGGCGCGCGACCCGAUCGGCAUCACGACACUGUACUACGGCCGCUCCUUUACCUACCCCGGCGCGCUGUACUUUGCCUCGGAGCUCAAGGCGAUCGCGACCGAGUGCGAGCGCGUGGACACCUUCCCCCCCGGUAACUUUUACGACAGCGCACGCGCUGCCGGCCAGGAGAUGGUGCGCUACUUCCAGCCGACGUGGUGGAACACGGACAGCGGAGCGCCACCGUCCAACGCUGCCGAGCUCUCGCUGAUCCGCGAGACGCUCGAAAAGGCGGUGCGCAAGCGCCUCAUGAGCGAGGUGCCGUACGGUGUGCUGCUCAGCGGCGGUCUCGACUCUUCGCUCAUUGCCACGAUCGCUGCGCGCGAGACCGAGAAGCAGGCCAAGCUGCAGCAGGAAAAGGCCGUGGAACUGCACGAGCAAAAGAGCAAGGUGCGCCGCACCGACCGCGCGGCCGACAAGGCCGGCGACGACGAGAUGCUUGCCGCGUGGCCGCGCCUGCACUCCUUCUCGAUCGGUCUCCCCGGCUCGCCGGAUCUGAUUGCGGCGCGCGAGGCGGCCGAGUUCCUCGGCACGAUCCACCACGAGUACACCUUUUCGGUGCAAGAGGGUCUCGAUGCGCUGUCGGACGUGGUGUACCACCUGGAGACCUACGACGUGACGACGGUGCGUGCGUCGACGCCCAUGUACCUCCUCUCGCGCAAGAUCAAGGCGAUUGGUGUCAAGAUGGUGCUCUCUGGUGAGGGCUCGGACGAGAUCUUCGGCGGCUACCUCUACUUCCACGCCGCGCCCGACAAGGAGUCCUUCCACCAGGAGUGUGUGAAGCGCGUCAAGAACCUGCACACGGCCGACUGCCUGCGUGCGAACAAGUCGACGAUGGCGUGGGGUCUCGAGGCGCGUGUGCCCUUCCUGGACAAGGAGUUCCUCGAGGUGUGCAUGAACAUUGACGCUGCCGAGAAGGAGUUCUCCAAGGGCGCGCACCAGACCAAGGACAGCGACGGCCGUCCCCACAUGGAAAAGUACAUUCUGCGCAAGGCGUUUGACUGCAACCCCGACGAGAUCGAGGCGGGGAAGAAGCUGCCCGACGCGCGCCCCUACCUCCCCGAAAAGAUCCUCUGGCGCCAGAAGGAGCAGUUCAGCGACGGUGUCGGCUACUCCUGGAUCGACGGCAUGAAGGAGCACGCGGAAAAGACGAUCAGCGACGAAAAGUUUGCCGAGCGUGCGAGCCGCUACCCCGUGGACACGCCCGAGACGAAGGAGGCCUACCUCAUCCGCGAGCUCUUUGAGCACUGGUUCCCGACGGAUGCGGCGGCGCGCACGGCUGUGCGGUGGGUGCCCCGCGGCGACUGGGGCUGCUCGAGCGACCCGUCGGGCCGCAGUGUCGCGAUUCACGAUGCAGCGUACAAGGACUAA